AUGAGGCUCACGAGAAGUGCAGCUAAGCGCAUAGCCGAGAUCGAUGCGGAAUUUGACAAUGAGGCACAACAUAUAUUAAGACAGAAUGCGCCAGGACGACUGCUCAGUCUUCCUCCAGAGUUGCGCGGUCUUAUCUUUAGCUUCCUCUUCGAAGAUGAGCCGCCUAAGCUCAUGGGUGACAUCUAUCGUAGAAGCACUGCGAUGCGAGACCCGCCUGUCUUGUUUGUUUGCCAUCAGCUACGAGACGAACUGUUGUCAUAUUUCUACUCCCGGAAGGUCUUUCACUUCAACAUCUCGUUCUGCGGAGACCUGGCAAAGCUCGAACGAUGGGUGGCGAGCAUCAAGAAUAUCCCCUGUAAAGUCCAGCAUAUGCGCAAGGUGACCUUCUUUGGGCGGUCAUUGGGAGUUCAAGCAAGCAUUACCGUCGACUUCACGAAGAUGAAGAUUAUCGAUGCUAGGUGGACACAACAUCAAAACAGUGCCGGCCGAAAUCCCAAGCCGAUACAUCAUCAUAUGGGCGUUCGCCAUUGCCUCAGUCCCGGGCGUAUCGCGCAAUGGUUCUGA